AUGGUCAACAUCACUCGCGAACUGAGCUCGACGGCCAGCGCCAAUGCUCCACCACAUCGACCCAUCCGCGCUGACACCUUCGACCUCAAGCAGAAACUCGCCGUAGCGCUAGGUCAGAAUGGCGCCCGCUAUUGGCAGACACUCGUUCAGUUCCUCAAGGGCGCCAUCGACCGCGCGGAAUUCGAAGCGCUCGCCCACAAGGCACUCAAGACCGAGCACAGUAAGUCACCUCCGAUAAUUUUCGACAUGCUGCAUGCUCCCCCUUUGCCGCAGCCGCUGACCAGUUUUCGCCUUUGUGCGCCUCCGCAUCCAACAGUACACCUGCACAACGCCCUCAUCCUAGGUAUCCUCUACAAUGCUAGCGCCGAUGUACCCGGUCCAUCUAGCCGCGCCUCGCGACGCAUCACCCGCAUCCUGCCUGAUGGUACUACCAUCACCGAGGAAGAGGAGGAGGAGCCAAGCCGAAAACGCCUUCGCAACCUUGUCGCCGGCCUCCCUCGCAAGGAGCGCUUGCGUCUCAAGAACCUCGAAAAUGUCGGCAAACUCGGCGCGAAUGCCGUCGGUGGAGCUGCCGGACUUGGAUGGGCCGGCUCCGCUGCCGAUAUGCUUGAGAAGAAACGCAAGGACGAAGAGAAGCGCAAGGUCGCCGAAGACCGUAGAAAGGUAAGACAGUACAAGAGCGCCAUCGGUGCCAAAGAUUGGAAGGGUCAAGCCAUCCAAGCAACCCAGCAGAUCGCCGCCGUGCGGGGCAAACUCUCUUUCACCGCCCAACAAGCCGUCAUGCGCGCCAUGCAGGCUCCCCUAUGCGUCGAAGCCAAACACUUGCCUGACCUCGACGGCAUCAAGGAUCGUAUGACGCUGCUCGCCGUAGAAAAUGGCAUGCCGGGAGGCGUGCAGCCUCAAGCUGCUGCCAUGGUUCUUUCGGCGCUUCAGAGUCAUCUGCAGAAUGUCGCCAGCAGCAUCAUCACCAAGAUUCGUGCCAACAGAGCCGAAGGCAUCCGUACCAACGAGCCUCUCCGCCCCGCUGCCGAGUACAAUAUCAGCCUCGACCCUGCCUCCUACAUGCCCGAUCCGCUCCGAGGUUCGCCAGCCCUUGAAGCGAUGGAUGUCGACGACAGCGCUGCCAACUCGGCUCAUGGCAGUCCUGCUCGGCAUGUGCGCUCGAUUCAGUCCGACGCUUCUUCGCGUACCAGCACAUCUGGGAUCGGCACUUCGUUUGCCGACUCUUCUAUGCUUUCCCUCGCCAGCACGGCUGCCACCAGCCUGACCGGGCCUUCUUCUCCCUCCAUCCGCGACAGCGACAGCAGCGGCCAGCUUCACGAUACAUCGUUCGGCAACAGCAGCACCAGUGCCGAUGCCGAUGAUGUGGCCGGUGCGGCGAAUGGCACAUCCCACAACCGACUCAAGCGAUCUCGCGACGCCAUGGAAGCGAGCUCUGCUGAACGAUCCGACGCUGCAAGCACGCGUCUCACCGUCUCGGACGUUGCGUUCCUUCUCGAAGUCGCUCCACACACGGUCGUCGAGCCGAUCGGUCAAGGCACGCAGGAGAGACUUUUGGCCCCAGAGUGGGCUGACGAGCACGCUCUUGACGGAGACGAUGACACUGGUCGACUUGAUGCCUCCUCGCCCGACCGUCAACUGGCUCGAGCAGCGCGUUUGGCAGCAACCACUCAUUUGAGCGACGCGACCCUCGCGGCAGCAGACGUUUCUGUCCGCAACCGCUUCAUCAUCGACCAAUCCGCCCCACUGAAGUUGCUCGAUCGUCGUACGCUUGCGGAGAACGCAGGUCGUUUGAGACCGACAAAAGGUGGUUUGUCGGUUCCUGACUACAAAGAUCCGCAAGCCGUGUUGGCCGAUGUCAACGGCAGGAAGAAGGAGGCGUUGCAUGGAAGUGCAGCGCCACAGACUGGGACAGCGGCGACAGCUCACCACCAUCACAGGCACAAGGACGACAUCUGGGACGUCGUCGAUCCUGUUGCUUUGUUCGGCUCGCUUUGCGAAUGA